UUGUUUAUCGAGUAAAAUAUUCCUAAUUAUCUUCGGACCACUCAUAUCACCACCCAAAGGUUAUAUAAGAACUGGGACAAGUUGAGACCAAAACCCUGAUACUAGAAACCAUAAAAUGAAGCGGUGCGAGUUGUGUCACCACAUUGCCCGGAUGUGCUGCCAAUCUGAUAACGCGAUUCUAUGUUACGACUGCGAUCAAAACGUGCAUUCUGCCAACUUCCUAGUGGCCAAACACUCGCGGACCCUCCUGUGCCAUAAAUGUCAAUCGCCGACUCCUUGGACCGCUUCGGGCCUUCAUCUUGGCCGGGCUGCCACUGUUUGUGUUGACUGUCUUGAUGAAGACUUGUCUCGAAGGCGAGUGCAGCUAGGAAGGGAGACUAGUCACCAGGAAAACCACAACGACAGAGAUAGGGACGAUGAGAGUAUAGAAUCGUUUGAUGAGAGUGUGAAUGACGAUGAAGAUGCCGAGAAUCAGGUGGUUCCGUGGGCAUCUGUCGCCUCGCCUCCUGUUGCUGCUUCUUCGACUAGUGAGGAAUUUUCUUCAAGUGGAAUGUCUUUACAUGUUUCUCCGACUCCUUCGGUAACAAAAAGAAAGUUUCAAUGUAAGAGUAAUGCAGAAUGAAUUCGAUUGCUAAUCAAUUUAACCAAACUAUCAGUUAAUCAAUUUCUUUAGUAAUUUCAGUUUGGUUUUGUAUGUUUUACGUUAUAGUUCACUUAAUUUUUUUUUCUACUA